AUGCCCAAAGGGUCCUUGGACAGGUGGAUCUAUUACUCACAUGAGAAUGAUGCUCCCUCUCUUGAUUGGAAAACUAGACGCCAAGUUAUUACUCACAUUGCGAAGGGUCUAUCUUAUCUACAUGAGGAGUGCUCCAAGAGGAUUGCUCACUUGGAUGUCAAACCACAAAAUAUCCUGUUAGAUGAAAACUUCAAUGCUAAACUUUCUGAUUUUGGGUUAUCCAAGCUCAUUGAUCAGGAUAAGAGCCAAGUGAUCACAAGGAUGAGAGGCACACCUGGGUAUUUAGCUCCCGAAUGGUUGACAUCCCAAAUCACCGAAAAAGUGGAUGUCUAUAGCUUUGGCAUUGUGGUUAUGGAAAUCGUCAGCGGUAGAAAGAACCUUGACACUUCAAGAUCCAAAGAGAGCAUUCAUCUUAUUACCUUACUGGAAGAAAAGGUGAAGAGUGAUAAGUUAGAAGAUUUGAUUGACAAACACAGUGCUGACAUGCAAGUACACAAGCAAGAAGUACUGGAGAUGAUGGAACUUGCAAUGUGGUGUUUACAAAUUGAUUCUAAAAGAAGGCCUCAAAUGUCUGAGGUCGUCAAAGUCUUGGAAGGUCACAUGAGCGUAGAAAGCAGAAUUGAUUAUAACUUUGUCGCAACAAGUCAAACAAUGUUUGGUAUUGCUGAAAAAACAGGUUCCUCAGAUCCACCUCAAGCCUCAGAUUUAUCAGGCCCCAGGUGA